AUACUAUGUCGUAAUUAUGUAACUAACCGAAUUACCAAUGCAAAUAUAAAUUAAUUUUAUUAACCCCUAAGGCUGCAGAUAAACACAAUUUUUAAAAGCAACUACAGCUAAAUCCGAAUUACUUUUUGGACCAAACGUUACGGUAAACAAAUGAAAAUUAAAAUUUUUGUAAGAAAAAAGACGACAAUGCAGCAUCGCAAAUUAAAACCAUAAAAAAUUAAUUGGGUAGCAUAAACGGGACUUUAUCUAUUAUUUGAAUUGCCUUUCGCUCUUUCAUGCUUAGCUGCUUAGCAUGGAGUUUUGAUAGUAGUCGACCGAAUAGUUUAGACAGGAUAAUUGUUUAAAGAAUUUUUUAGUAAUUAUUGAUGGCAUUUUUAAUUACUUUCCAAAAUUAAGUAGUCUAAAAAAAAACAAUAAUUUACGUAUAAGAAGGUAAACAGCUGGUUACGUCAAAUAAAUUAGUUUCUUUACUAUAAGCCUUAACUGCACAUCAUGUAUGACUUAAACCAGAAAACAAUUUUUGUUUUGGAUCACACACAAUACUUUAGUAUAUCUAGUGAGGAUUACAUAGCAUUAGAUUAUCUUAAAGGUAAAACGGGACCGUCUAAUGAUGCAAUUCCUAGCACUUCAUCAGGCUUGCAAUUUAGCAAAAGUCUAUGGACUUGUUCUGUGGAAUCUUCAAUUGAGUAUUGUCGUAUUGUUUGGGAUUUAUUUCCUCGUGGAAAAUUGGUACGUUUUAUUGUAAGUGAUACUGCCGCUCAUAUUGUGAAUACCUGGAAGUUUGCCACACAAAAUAUGUCGCACGUAUUAAAUGCUAUGGCUUUAGUAGGAGUGCCCCAACGUAAUACACAAUCGUCAGAUUAUUCGGUUAUACAUGGAUUGCGAGCAGCCAUAGAGGCUUUAGCUGAGCCAACCGAGCAGCAGCUUAAGUUGACGCAGGCAGCGGAAAACACAGUAACGACUAACGAAAAAAUACCAAACAAAGGCAGAGUUAUUUGUGUGACUUCAGCGCGUGAUAAUCCUAGUAUGAAAAGCUUAGAAGACAUUUUCCAUAAUGUAUUAAUGCAGCAGAACACAUUAGCCAUGACACAAAAGAAAAUAUUGAGUAUAGAUCAUUGCCAUUUGGUCAUAAUUAACGUUGUUCCGAUGAAUGUAGAAACUUUGGUGACAAACCGUAAGCAAAUUGAUUUAUCAAGCUGCUUAUCGACGGAAAUACACACAACUAGUGCCCCGGAAAUUUCUAAUAAGCUAACUCAUCUUAUAAUGAGCCACUAUGAUUUGGCCAGUACUACGGUUACGGGAAUCCCAAUGAAAGAGGAACAAAAUGCCAAUUCAAGUGCUAAUUAUGAUGUGGAAAUUCUUCAUGCACGUAAUGCUCAUACGGCUAUAUGUGGUACUGAAGUUUUAUUACCCACGAGUAUUAAAGAAGGAGCUGAGUACGAAACUGUAACAUUGAAAUGGUGCACUCCGCGGGGUUGUGGUGCUUCAGAUAUGUCAGCUUGUCCGCCGUGUUUAGCACAACAUCGGGUAACUCCGGUGGAUGUUACCUCCCGUCCGAGUUCAUGCUUGAUUAAUUUUUUGUUGAACGGUCGUUCAGUGUUACUGGAAAUGCCAAGAAAAGCAGGCGGAAAAACCACCAGUCAUUUGUUAUCUGCUCGCGGUGGCGAAAUCUUUAUACAUUCUUUGCAAAUAACACGUUCUUGCUUGGAAGAUCCUCCUUCAAUAUCCGAAGGUCCUGGUGGACGCGUUGUGGAUUAUCGCAUAUCGGAUUUCGCAGCCUUUAUCAAAAUUCAUCGGUUUGUGCCGCUCAAAUCCAAAUCAAAUUGUGAAGAUAAUCUACAUCGAACUCGUGAUCGCCUAUAUAAGAGAUCGCGAUAUUUCCCGUUAACACUCAACACCACUAUGGUACACAAUCUGCAACGAAAUAUGCCUUGGUUAUCAAAUUUUUUGAGGAAAAUCGCUAAAGAAGACAUGGAUAAAACAGAUGAAGUGCAAUGUCAACAAAAUAUAUUUGAACUAUAUACGGCGGCAUCCAGGGGAGAAUUAUUGCCAUUUGCCACCAUGAAUAGUAAUAGAUUGAAAGGCAUCAAA